AUGGCUCUCGUCAAUGGUGUUAUGGUAGCUCUGGAGCCACCACAGGGCUACCAUGUUGACCUGGAUAACCCGCAGCGCCGUGGUGUGCCCGAAAUCUACGUUGUGACCGCCGUUUUCGCCUUUCUUAACGUACUGUUUAUGGCUCAGCGGAUGUACACCAAGUUUUUCAUCGCCAAGAAGUGCAAUAGCGACGAUUACUUGAUUUUCAUGGCUUUCGUACUUUCGUUCGUCACUAUGGGGCUUACCUUGCCGACAUACGUCAAGAAGCAGGCAGGCUUACACGGAUGGGAACUACCCAUCGAGAAUUUGGGAGAGUAUGUUAAGAUUGCGUAUAUCCAAGGCCCUGUCUACGCAGCGUGCGGGUGUUUGGCGAAGUUGUCCCUCCUUACCUUCUACCUUCGUCUCAGCCCACAGCAAUGGUUCAUCAUAUCUACGUGGACGACCAUAGCGUUUCAAAUAGUGUACACAAUCGUGCUCGAGGGUACACUCAUUUUCGGAUGCCGACCAAUCGCGAGAGGUUGGGAUAUCACCAUCACCGAGGGCCAGUGUCUAAGUACCGCUGCCAUUUAUAUUGCCACGGCGGUUCUCAACAUCAUUUCCGACGUCAUUAUCCUCGUUUUGCCCAUUAAGAUGGUUGUCGGCCUGCAGAUGAAGACUGCCCGUAAGAUUGGCCUUCUCGCUGUCUUCACUAUUGGCUCAGCAACCGUGGUCACUGGAAUUGUACGCGCUGCUCUACUCCCAGCUAUGCUCAACUCUCCCGAUGUUACAUGGGAAGUGGCCAAGGUGUCCACCUGGUUCAUGGUUGAGGCGAAUCUCUUGGUCAUCUGCGGUUCCAUGAUGACACUGCGCAAGUGCUUUAAGCAUAUUGCUCCUCGGCUGAUUGGUGAAUCCAGCUACGCAUCGAGAAAGACGGGUCACAGUGAGUCAGCGCAGCCGGGCUCGCUCAUGACAUUCGGUGCUGGCGGUGGAGACAAGAGAAAACGCCCGACUGCGAACGGUUACAAUGAGUUUGAUCACGACGGCAGUGGAUCAGAGGAGUUUAUCAUGGCACCAUUGCCUAUGAAAGGCCCUUCUGGCGACCAAGAAAGGCGAAUAUGA